AUGGCAGUCCGUCCAGAAAGUGUCGAGGACUGGUUCCACUUCGUCCCAGCUUUGCUCGACAAUGAGGGUUGGCAGAUUGUGUGUGACAGUUCUGCCGGCAGGUUGUUGCACCAAAACUGCCCGUGGGGUGGACAUCUCGUCAGGUUCUCGUUGAAGGACAUCGAAGUCCACAGCCCGCCUGCGGACACCUCGUACCUCUUCGUGCGACCGGAGACGCGUGUGUGGGCAAAGUGUACUUAUCAAGGGCUCAACGAGGAGUUAACCGAGGUGGUGCAGCAUUUGGCGCCCGGCCAUGCCGUGGUGCGCAGGCGCUCGUCGUGGAGGUUCAAUCGGCAGUGUGCCGUCUUCUUCCUUCUGCUCAGCAACAGGAUUCCCAGCACGGAGAUGCCUGGUGACGUAUGCUGGAUGGUUCGGAGGAACUACCCGCAUCGCGGCGACAGCGCCUUUUUGGCGAAAUGUUUGGCGGAACAACUGGAGGUUCUCGUUGUGGGCAGGCCACAGGGUCCCGGCACGUUUGCACUUGACUGGGUGUUGCGGGUGCUCUCGGUGCCAAUGUGGGCAUCCGUGCACUUCGAGAGCCUGCUUCAGUCAGCGAGGGACUGCACACAGUGGUUCGUGAACCGACCUGCCGUUGCUGAGAUGCGCAGGAGGGACAUGCAGUGCUAUGCCAUUCUCACCAUCCAAAGCUGGCGCCGGGGUCGACCUCUGAUUCCGGCAGGACUUGGAGAAGAGGACAUUACGACCGUUACGAUUGAUGCCGGUCGGCGAGAUGGGCUCACGUCGUGGGUCCGCUAUGACCCUCGAAUGGUCCGCAGCGGCCGCUUUCUGCUCUCGGAGUAUCUCACGUUGUUCCUGCAGAGGAUUGGUGAGCAAGCCACCUUCUAUCAGUCCCUGGAUGGGCAGGAGCUGCUGCCGUACCAGUGCGCCAUUGCACGGGAAGAUUGGGACCGUCUGCGUCCGCGCUUUCACCGU